AUGCAGUCUCAGAUCAAAUUUUCCCACAAAUUGCAAACGCAAGACUCUACCAAAGCAGCUUGGGAGCUGUUGCAUGGAGAACAUCAUGGUGGAGAUCAUGUUAGAUCGAGAACUGUGGAAUUACAAGAAGUGAUUGUCAUUCUAAAAAGUCAAGAAAAACGAUUUGAGUUGCACAAUGCUGAUGCAACUAAGAAGGUUUUUGCCUCAUUCAUUGUGAGUCCAAAAGGCCAGAACAAGAAUGUAGUGCAAUCUGGUUCAUCCAAGUCUCAAAAGAAUUGGAAUCCUAAGGGGAAAUCAUGGGAGUCAAAAGAAAAGCCUCAACAGAACAAUCCUGCAUCAAAUUACAACUUUAGUUCAUCACAGCCAAGAGUGCACUGCAAGAAAAUUUGUGCAAAUUGUGCAAACCAAAUGGAGGUGACUGGAAAUUUGUUCUACGCAAAUUGUGCAACCAUUGAGACAAAAACAAAUGGGGAAUGGUACAUUGACAGUGGCUGUAGCAAUCACAUGACUGGGAAUUACAACAAAUGUGGCUGGAAAUGUGCAAAUGCCAACUAA